AUGGGAAAUUAUGCUAUCCAUUACUAUACCACCAAGGAAGCCAUCUUGAAAUACAACAGAGAUCAUGAGCUCACAUAUCAAGGUACCACAAUUGCUCUGUACCAAGAUCUCUUUACAGGCACCUUACAACGCAGACGCGACAGGAAACCGAUGGCAGAUGUACUGCGUCACAAUGGGAUCCAGUUUACCUGGGGACACCCAUUCAAAAUAGUGGCCUUUAAGGUGGGAAGAAGGUAUACCUACCUACCAGGAAACAACCUGAUGAAAUUCCUCGACAAACUCUCCAUUACACCACCGACGGCUUUCACCUUACCAGGACCAACCAGAACGGCCCCAGGCACUCCUGAGAGAGUGGUAUGA